GGGCCACGAUGGUAGUAGGACCAUGGCCCGCUUCCUGUGGCCCGUCCUGGUGGUGCUGCUCAUCCUGGCCGUGGCUGGACCUUGUCUCACCUUCUAUCUCCUCAUUAAGGACUACUGGGCGGAAGUGUCCUCACUUCGGCGUGACCUUCUCUUCUGCCAGCUGGGAUCCACCGAUCUCCCUCCACUCAAGUUUGAUUUAGGGCUUGAACACUUCCCCACUCCGCCACCAGAUGCACAAGACGAAGCAUUCCCCCUGCCCCCGGCACCCCUCCCUCUCGUCGCUACAGCCUCGCCCACUUCCAGUGACUCCUCAUCCACCCCACCCACCACAGAGUCGCCACUUUCACCCAUUACAGACCCUUCAUCCACAACAACCACAGAACCUGCGUCAGAAUCCCCGACGUCUAGGCGCCCCUUCAGCCUAGGUUCCUUAACUGCUCAUCCUCGAAGAACGACAUCUUCCUCCUCCACUACGACGUCACAACGCCCUGCUACCUUCCGCAGAACAUCACUGCCCCCACAAAAGCCACCACCUCAUAUUAGUUCGCCGAGGACUACCACGAAUUCUCCUCAAACAACACCACAUCAUACAAGUUCCGCAAGACCCUCGCCACAUGAUGUCAGUUCCUCUGGAGCCCAACCUUUGCACACCACCUCCCCAAGGAAUUUGCCGACUUCCAUCACAACCCCCAGGGCGUCACUCCCCAAUGGCAGAGUGACGCCAGGAUCACGCAGGGGGCGAUCUCGGGCCGGGGGAUUCCUCGGCGGACCUUGGGCCCCUGCGCGACCUUUUCGAAGCCUUGACACAGUCAUGGUCGCCGACGAAUCAACGGACAACGAAGGUGUAGAUACAACAAGAGCAGACAUGGAGUACGUGGCCCUUCUCGAGCGGCAGCUGCGUGACCUGCGGGCGCGGGUGAAUGCAUGCAGGCUCUGCCUGGCUCCUCCACAACGGAACUUGCCCACGUGCGGAGGCGGCCCGGCGUGGAGGGAGCACCGGCGGAGGAACAGGAUCAUCCGUCGAAAGCAGCGAGCUCAGCGAAAGGAGAGACGGAAGCAGAGGAAAAUGAGAAACGAAACCACAACGGAACUGCCCACGACGACCACUUCGACCACCACCACGACGACCACUUCAACCCCCCGGACGGAAGCUUUUCUCUCCGAUGUCGGGCGUUCCGAGAGUGACAUCAAGAAGGACAACGCCCGCGCUCGCGAGAACCACCGCAUGAGCACCGACUUCCGGCGCGGCUUCAACCAGAAAAUCUCCCGCAUGGACGAGGCGCUGAUGCAGUUUACGGAAACGCAGGCUGCCUUCUGCAAGGAGCUCAGGGACAACCUCGGAGGCAGACUGAAGAAGCGCGGCCAGGAGCUUGAAGCGCUUUCGGACCAGAUCGCCGCCCUCGUCCGCUCCUCAACCACGCAGAUCUCCGCGCUCGAGAAAAUUGCGUCGGAUCAGUUGUAUGCAAGUCAGACAAGUAUUGAGAAGAGGCUGGCCUUGACUCAGGCUUUGAGGGACUCCCAAUUAAGAGCAAUCCGGAAUUAUCACAAGCAAACCUUUCUGCCUGCCGCUGCCGCCAUUGCAACUGUACUCUCCGAGCAGGCGUCUGUGGCCACUGGCAUGGGCGUCGAUCUUAUUACCAAGGUGGAGAUGCUGCAGGACGUGUACCUCACCUAUGCCACCCAACAGGCUGAUACUCUACAAAAGUUGGAACAAGAGGUGAACAUGUUUGCCUCGAAGCACAAUAACAUGGUCAUGCGGUCAAGAGAUCAUGCAAACCACCUUCACAUCAACACGGAGAGCUUUAUCAGGGAGUUACAAACAAGGAUGAAUAAUGUGGUGAAAGAGCUGGUUCUCAUUCGCCUCCAGAGUCAGAAUUUUGUGUCUGUGAAUAAUGAUACUUACAAUAAUAUUUCUGGCAGUCUGAACAAGACUAAACAAGCAGUGGAUGAUCUCUCACAAGGGCUAAGACAUCGUAUUCUUAAUGCUAAGGAAAAAGAGCAUGAUUUUAGGAAAAUCUUCAAGAUGGAAACAAAUCAGAUCAGUGAUUCUGUUGAGAAUGGUGUUAGCAAAGCACUGAUGUUCAAUCAUGCAGUGAUGACACAGAUUGAAGAUACGGAACUGGAUACCCGUGUCUUUGUGGGCCAAUCUUCAGCUGCCUGGAACGAGCUCUACCUAAAUGAGGAGUCAGAGCUGCGAAAGGAAGCUGAUGAUCUGAACAACAAUCUACACAGUCAUGCUCACCAUUCCCAAAAUAUUCUUUCUGGGCUAAGAAGUGCUGCAGAAACUCAUGAACUGGUAUUGGAGGACCAGCGAAUGGACUUCCAGAAAUUCAUCCGAAAGCGGCAAGAUGCCUUGGACACUCAGUGUUCAGCCAUAACUGACUGGGCAAUGCUGAUGUCAUCUGAACUUCGCAGACGAGAUCAAGACUUGCACAGAUUCCUAAGUGAAGAUCUCCAGUAUACAACAGUGACGGUGCACGAGGACGCAGAUGGGUACCUGGUGUCACGGCUUCCCGAUGGCUCGUUGAUGUAUCAGUCAUCGCCUGCCCACGCCAGUGCUGCCCACCAACCGCCCAACGUCACUUACCAGUUAGACGAGACUGCUUAUAGCACUAGUUCAGCCUCGUCGGCGUCACAUUCUAGUCGAAUUAAACCUCAGUUGGAAAAGACGGUAGUCACUUCUGUAAAUAACAGUAGCAAAACUUUUAGUGAAAGUAGCAAGAUAAGCACCAGUAGCAGUAUCAGUACAAGUAACAGCAGCAACAAUAUGUCAGUUCAGAAUAACACUGAAUAUGGCAUUGCAGGCCAAAAAGACAGUAAAAUGUAUCAGUCUAAUCAUGAAACAGAAAAGGGAGAACUGAAUUUUAGUUACCACAGCAACCUGACAUAUAGUGAGGGCUCCUAUACUUUUAACACUGAAAACAGCACUAAUGCAAUGCAAAAUAAUGGAACUGAAUUGAUAAUUAGUGAAGAAAGUGAACAGACCAGUGAAGUGAGGAAGCUUGACAGUAAUGUAAAGGAAAUUGUAGUGACUGAGAAAAAUGAAAAUGAGGACAGUCAGUACCAGGUAGAUUCAGUAACUGAUGAAGCAACUCUAGAGUUAGUAUUACAGAAGAAGAAAGGAGAUGUGUUUGAAAGCAAGAACAGACAAAAUGAUGGAACUUAUAAGCCUAGCUGUCUUCAUGAGCGCAGAUUUAGAGAAGGAAUUGCUAAUGGAAAUACACAAGAAGUUGCUGUAACAGAUGAUGAAUCCAAUGACAACUUCAGUGACGAAGAAGAUGAAGGAAUAAAAAAUCUUCGUAAAAUCCUCAAGGAUGCUCAGCUUACAAUACAGAAUUUCCAAAAGGAUUUCAAAAUUGAUGAUGAUUACAUGAGAAAUGCACUCAAACGGCUAAAAUCUGGCAAUGGCACCAUAGGAGGUGAAAAUAUAACCAUAAACUCAUCAUCAGUUGAAGCAGAGCACACUACACCACACCAUCGAAUACGACACCAGCAUAACAAGAACGUUGAAAGGAAGAGUGAUGCUUCAGAAAAGGAUGAAUUGCACUCAACUGGAAUUCACCAGCAGGCCUCUGCCUCUACUAAACCCUUUUCCACAUUAAUUCCUUUUAGUUCUGACAACCUCCAGCAGGUAGAGUUAGACGAGAGGCUAGAAGGAAAUGAUUUGGGGGAAUCUCAGCCACUUUCAGAUGUAGAGGAAAGUACUAAAGAUCCUCAUACUCUGAAGGAUAUUGAAAACAUAGAUGGUAAUGAUAUAUUUGAAAUUAUCAAGAGGGUAUUCAGUGAGGAAUCAUUAUCAGGCAACUAUACAAAGAAGAUGAAUAAAUCAGAUGAAGGAACUGUAAAUGAAAAACAGAAAGAUGCAAAAGAAACAACUGAAAUACCUACUACAAACAGUAUAAAUGGAACUGAAAAGUUAGAAACUGAAUUAGGUUUAGAAUGAAGAGAACUAUAGAUAUCUGUCUCUCAUGUGAAAGCAUUUUAUUAUUAUUAUUUUUAUUGUUGUUGU